AGAGAGAGAGAGAGAGACUCUACUCAGCCGGAAAUGUGCCGGAGCAGAGCUAACACCAGAGCACAGAGAUUCUGCACGGUGGUGCUGCUUUUUUAUCGCCUCAAGUAACUGCACUCUACGAAGUAUCUGACUGCUUACAGGAGAUUUCGGGAGGGCUGGGUCAAAGAAAAGCAUAGCCCACGCACUAUCACGGGAUAGUCCAUUCUUGGCUGGCUUGCUUGGCAAGCGGAGCUCGGUGGCUAGCAGUGCCACAGGCGGAGCGCCGCAGUGACUGGCUUCAGACGGGGCUGGACCAUCUGCACUCUCGGAGUUGGAUUGCUAGACGCGUUGACUCAUAGUUUUGUCGGAACGGUUGCCAUUUACAAGGCGUCUUGACACUGACAUUUUCUGUGAGGCGGGCAGAUAAGCACCGUAUGUUUCCCACGUUAGCUUUGUGUUAACGGCUAGCUAAGUUACUGAAGGGGCUGGUGUGGUCACAGCUGUGUGGAGCAUAGGGGAAGGAAGGGGAGUCUGAUGAUGAUGAGGGAAGUGUUGCACCAGCGAGAUAGCGUUUAACUCACCAAGCUGCACAGAGGAUUCCAUUAUUAUUAUUACCAAUUUGGGAAGUUGUUCCUCUUAUUCGUUGCCUUGCUUGGGGCUGAUUGCUGGUUAUCGCUUUGGGUUUGGAGAAGGCAGCCAUCUGAGGUAACUGGUGGCUCACUCACUAGCUAGCAUAAGUUUACAAGCUAUGGUAGCCAGCUAGCUAAACAUAACUGUCAGCGAACUGAUAGGCAGUUAGGAGUCCAGACCGCUUGCAUUCUUCGAGUUUUCACUGUGAUAGUGAGUCGGUUAUUGCAGCAAACAUGUCGAUGGCCACCACAGCUAGCAGCAUUGCUGCCUCUUUCGCCAGCAAAACGAAAAAGAAACAUUUUGUGGCUCAGAAAGUGAAGCUGUUUCGUGCCAGCGACCCUCUGAUCAGCGUCCUGAUGUGGGGUGUCAACCAUUCGAUAAACGAGCUGAGCCACAUCCAGAUUCCCAUCAUGCUGAUGCCUGAUGACUUCAAGGCCUACUCAAAGAUCAGAGUGGACAACCAUCUGUUCAACAAAGAGAACAUGCCAAGCCAUUUUAAAUUCAAGGAGUACUGUCCCCUGGUCUUUCGUAACCUGAGAGAGCGCUUUGGCAUCGAUGACCAAGAUUUCCAGAACUCUCUGACUCGUAGCGCUCCUGUGACGAGUGAUGCACAGGGCCGCAGCGGCGCUCGAUUUCACACGUCCUACGACAAGAGGUACGUCAUCAAGACUAUCAGCAGCGAGGACGUGGCCGAGAUGCACAACAUACUCAAGAAGUACCACCAGUUCAUCGUGGAGUGUCACGGUGGCACGCUGCUGCCUCAGUUCCUAGGCAUGUACCGGCUGACGGUGGACGGGGACGAGACCUACAUGAUUGUCACACGCAACGUCUUCAGCCACCGGCUGUCCGUCUACAAGAAGUACGACCUGAAGGGUUCCACAGUUGCCAGGGAGGCCAGUGACAAGGAGAAGGCUAAGGAGCUGCCCACGUACAAAGACAAUGACUUCAUCAAUGACCGACAAAAGAUCUACAUCGAUGGGGACAACAAGAAGAUGUUUCUCGACAAACUUAGGAAAGAUGUUGAGUUCAUGGCGCAGCUGAAGCUGAUGGAUUACAGUCUGCUGGUGGGCAUCCAUGACGUGGAGCGGGCGGAGCUGGAGGAGGAGGAGAUUGAGGAGGGGGAUGGGGAGGAGGAGGCGGGGGACAGCGACGGGGCCGUGGGUACCCCCCCGGACAGCCCCAGCAACACCCUGGACAGCUACGGUAAACCCUUCGCGCCCGGAGAGUUCAACCCCAACAUUGAUGUCUACGCCAUCAAGAGCCACGACGCGUCCCCGAGGAAAGAGGUGUACUUCAUGGCCAUCAUUGACAUCCUGACUCAUUAUGACGCCAAGAAGAAAGCAGCCCACGCUGCCAAGACAGUUAAACAUGGAGCAGGGGCUGAGAUCUCCACGGUGAAUCCGGAGCAGUACUCCAAGAGGUUCUACGACUUCAUCACCACCAUCCUGCCCUAGUGGUGGUGGGGCGCCCGGCAUGCAGCCUGCCCCCCAUCCCAAGGGGUGACGUGGAAGGGGCCGCGGGGGUAUUUGGGAAGGGGGUAUUGGUGGGUGGUUGUGUUUGUGUGUGUGUCGGUUGUGGAGAAAUGAAUAGCACACAAGAGGGAGGGAAGGGAUGUGGCAGCCCCCCAUCCUGCCUCCCUUCCUCCCCCCCUCCCCUCCCCUCUUGCCUGCCUCUGCCCCCUCCUAUUCCCCCUCUCCUGCCUCUGCCCCCACUCCCACCCAUAUGCUCUGCGGCUCAGCUACAUGGAGCUCCACUUUGCAGCUAACAACCACCAUUCGUUUACAUUUUACUUUCUUGUUUUUUUAUUUUUUGUUGUUUUCCUUUUUUUGUCAGUCAUUGACAAUUUUUUUGGGACCAUGAACAGGACAAAGGAGAGACAGUUUUGAGUGGGCAGGGGAAAGCAAACAGUGGCUUUUUAUGGCUUGGUAAUGCAUGUCUGUGACUGCGUCGUUUUAAUGUGUCUUCUUUUUCUUGUUGUUUGUUCUUGUCCUUGUUCUUGUUGUUGCGGCUGUUGAUUUGCCUGCCUUGUUUUGAAGGUUCAGGGAAGGGAGAUGGACAGCACAUUUCAUACAAAAAUGCAAAAUAAAUAAAUAUACGUGUUAUAUAUAUAUACACAUGAAAUACAUGAAAUAAAAUGGCAGCAUCCACUCUGGAGUGGAAAGGCAAUGCUCGGCUGUCCUUAGCAGGAAGCACCAACACCCUGUGUGCAUAGACGGGGUGCAAGCCAAAGCCCUUCCUCUUCUCCUUUCCAGUGGCUUUCAGCCUCAUGACGCCAUUGAAGUUUAUUCAAUAUAUUACAAAAAACAACAAUUCAAAAGGUCAUCAUCUAAUUUGCAAUUGAGAUAUUGAAUGGGGGAAAGCCCGUCAGAAAUCAUUCUGCGCUGACUGACAGCAGGAAAGCGUUAUUGUUUUCUCAACGAGGCAGGGAAACACCUGAGGCAAGGGGGCGGAAGGACCCGGUAAGGACGGAAGGAAGUAGCUUGACUUGCACCCCUGACUCAUAAGCCACACCCGACUCCACCACCCUACGCCCACCUCCAGCAUGGCCAGACUUUGUUCUGUGGUUCCUCUGCUGUGCGAUGCCCAAAGACUCCCUAGUCUUCCACUGUAAGCACCCCCUUCUCUCCUGCAUCGACUCUGCUAACCAGUGACACAGUCCAGCAUCCCACCCACCCACACAGCCAGUCCUGUGGCAGUCCACUCCAGGCAUCCUUGUAAGGUGCUUUGGAAAUCCAGGCAUCCCUACCCCAACCCAACCCAACCCAAUUCAACGAUGUCAGCAAGGCCGUCUGAGACACCCUGCAUCUAGUCCUCCUCCUGCUCCAAGCCCCCCGCUCCUCCUUCUCCAAUCCCCCUCCCCGAUCCUCCUCCUCCAAGCCCUGCGCUCCUCUUCCUCCAAGCCCCCCAGUCCUCCUGCUUCCCUCCAAUGACCUUGUGUACCCUGGAGCAGAGUGCCACAUCCACCAUAAGACUCACCCACCACAUUGCCCUGCACCGACAGCCUUGUCCACUUUUAAAGGUCCAGACUUAUUUGAAGGAAAUUAUAAAGGUCUGCAACACAAUUGCUCCCAAUCUAAGUUUAAUGGAGGUUUGUGCCAUUACUCUUUGGGGGCAUAGAACUGUGUUGCGGACCUUUAUCAUUGCCUCCCAGUUAUCUUCUGUUUGGUCCAGCACUUGUGUUACUGAUGGGCACGCAUUCUCUGACUUUUUGGACCAGACUUGCUGGGACCUUACCAACCCCAAGGAGAGAGACUUUGGGAUUUGGGUUUAAGGUUUGGGACUUGGGUGGGGCGGGGCAAAAAAAAAAAAAAACAGGCCUUCAAUGGACAAUGUCUUAUUUGA